AUCCCUGACCCCCACCUGUUUUUAGGGAGCAAGUUUGCUGCUUUGCACGUAAAGUAUGCAACAGACCCCUCCAGACAAAACAAGACAGCAGUGAUGGCGAGGUUCUGUAUGGGGUCGUACUUGCAACGCCUCAAGAUUUUAAGCCCAGAUCUUAGGACACCUGUGUCUUUUAAUCUACCUAAGGAAUAUGAUUUUAUCAGAAAGUUUUUAAACAAGUAUGUUUUAGAAAAAGAAAAUGUCACCAUUUUAACUAAUGCCAAGUGUCUUGUCUCUCUUGUGCAGGACCGGGAGGAGGUGAGCCCAGUUCCCGGCCUCACACUAUGUGAGGCCAAAUUGGUUUGGAGGAACGCCGCCCACCCCGCUCUUCAGAACAAGCACAAGGACCUGUCGUGGAUGGCUGCUCAUGAGAUCCUCCCGUUCAGGGCCGUGAUGCUUUCCCGGGGCAUGUCAAGGAACCCCAUCUGCCCGCGGCCCGGGUGUAGCGAGCCCGAGACCGUGCGGCACGUGCUCUGGGAGUGCAGCGUGGCGAGGGACCUGUGGGCCUUAACCGGCCCCCUGCAAUGCCCGUGCCUGCCAGCAGGGGAGGUCCUGCCUACAGUUUACCGGGUAGCGGUAAACGGGGUGGGCCAGGGCCUCGACAAGAUACCAGCAGCCGACUUCGCAGCGCUCUGGUCCACCCUGAACCACGUAAAGGCCGCCAUUUGGACCUCCCGCAACCUGCUGGUGGGGAAGCGUGUGACGGUGCCCCUGCAUGCACGGUUGGCACUGGUUACAUCUUCGCUGCAGGGGACACCGCGCGGCGACAUUCGAAGGAGGGGGCUGGGGUCUCACGCAGGGGGGUCCAGACCACCACGGCGCCUGGCUCCCGUAGAUGCACCCCAUUAACACGGAAACACUGAAAGGAGCAGCGGGCACAGGGGGGGAUCUCCUCUGAGCCCAGAAACGACAGAGGCGUCUCUUCUGAGGAGCGGGGUGGUGCCUGCUUGAUAGGGGCUCACCCCGGUUCUGCCCAAAGGACAAUUUUAUUUGUUUUAAUCGACUAUUAGAAUUUCUUUUAUACUUUUCUGCAUGAACCUUUUAAGCACAUGGACUUGGAAAAAACAUGGACCCUUUUAUCCCCAAAACACGCACACAUACACACACACAAAAAUAAAAAAAAAGACAAUGUAAAAAUGUUCAAAAAAGAAAAAAGAAAAAACUGUUUUUAAGUUGUCAAUGUUGUGGAAAGAGGUGUUUUAUCAAUGUAUUUUAUUUUACUCAAUUUUAUUUGUUUGUUUUAUCAUAUUUUUUUUAAAGGAGUUUAAUAAAAUUUCAUGGGGGAGGGGAAAAUAUGUUUUAAAAUAUACUAUGUGAAAAGGUUUUAUGUAAAAUUCUUGUUUUUGAUUUUAUGAAGCAUUGGUUUUAAAUGAAUGAGUUCUUUUGUAUACUUGUAAUGUAAUGGUGACAAUAAAAUUUUUUUCGAAAGAAAAAAAGUGAACAGUAUCCUGGUGGUACUGCUGGUGGGGACGGUGCCCCUGCACACACUGUCGGCGCUGGUUACAUCUUCGCUGCAGGGGAGACCACAUGGUGACAUUCCGAGGAGAGGGCCGGGGUCUCACGCAGGGGGGGUCCAGACCACCACGGCGCCUGGCUCCAGUGGAUGCACCCCGUUACAACAGACACAGUGAAAGGAGCAGUGGGCACCGGGGGGGAUCUCCUCUGAGCCCAGAAACGACAGAGGCGUCUCUUCUGAGGAGCGGUGUGGUGCCUGCUUGAUAGGGGCUCACCCCGGUCCCGCACAAAGGACAAUUUUAUCCGAUUUUAUAGACUAUCACGAUUUCCUUUUACACCCUUUUUGCGUGAACUUUUAAAAGUACAGAGCUAAGGGAUUAGUACAGCUGCUAAUGAAACAGUCACGUGUACGAUUUAUUUACAGUAUUUACAUAUGGUUUUGUCUUGUUGGUCAAUCCCUAACCUCCCUGAAAUCAACUUUUGCAACUUGGGAUGUCUGUAAACGGAGGAUGAUAUCCAGCAGAUACGUACGUAAUCAGGACAGAAGGACCACAGGAAGACCGCGGUCACGCCAUCUGCACUUAGAAAACGCUCGGUCGCGCUAUCUACACCGAAAACUGGAGUGCGCGUCUAAACCGUGUUUUACUGUAGCCGCACAGCGCACCCGGAGGAGCGGAGACUGGCGCUUCUCUUGCAGAGAAAAUGGAUCAGAAACUAGUUUUACACCUAAAUAAAUAUGAUUUAACGAGGUCU